AUGGGCCUCGAGGGCGAGCCACCAUACCUUCCUGCUGGGAAAGGGCUGGGAGUAUCGACAACCAGAGCGAAAUGCAAGGCAGCGAGCCUAUUGAACAUCACGCCACCGACUAGCCCUGAUGAGAGCAGCAACCACGCAAACUCGAGAAAGAGCCAUGACCUCGACAAUCCAAGCACAACGAUUGAGAGUCACGAGGAACCAGCGAACUUGGCAAGUCAGACCGGAGACGGUCUGCCGAACGAUGGCUCGGACGUCACUGAACGCAGGCCCACUGCUAGUGUUCGUGCAGAGGAAGUUGGCACUGACGAGACUGCCGGACUUGGCAACACAGAGUCCAGACUCACCGUUGUCGACGACGGGGAGACAACCUCAGCAUCCGCCCGCAUCGAGCCAGGACAGCCCCCGGGGGACGGUCGCAAUCCCGACUCCAGAUUCUUGGUCAGCGUCACCCCUGAUGCCGCCCGAUGCCUAGAGAACAUUCCUUCGGCCCCUGCAGCAUCACAAAACCUCGGUGCAGAAGCCUCUGUGAGCAUCUCUGCAGUUGUGGAUUCAGAAACGGACACUUCCACUCUACGAGGUUGCAGCCGAAGGGGGAUGCACGGGGCUGAAGAGAAAGCAGCCCAAGACUUCUCAAGAUGCUUGCGCUCCAGGCGCGGGCAAAGACGCGAGAAUUGGGAUAAGAACGCCGAAGAAGGCCAGAACGACACUGUCAAGCCACGAUACCAAGCAAGGCAGGACAAAGAGCAGAAAGAAAUCCCCCACUCGUUCCUCUGGCUCCAAAAUGCAUGUGCAAACGCAAGAGACCAUGGCUUCCUGCGCUGCUAGGACGUCAAAGAUGGUAAAGAAAGACAUUCAGUCCAUAAGAACUUAAGGAUAUUCAGGAGUCCUGUGCGCAUUUGAGAAAACAGCUGGCUUUGAAACUGAAGAGGGGGUUUGGCAUGGCGGUAAUAAAUCGGAACGCAUCAAAAGUUGGAAGCACCACUCCGAAACGCUCUUCAUGUUCAUAGAGGAGAACUUCCAGACGAUGCACAUUGCAAAAACCAGGAAGGCUCGAUUUACGUUCACCAUGAAUCUCAUUACAUUUUACAUCGUCAUUCUGUGUGGUGUAAUCCCUUUUCAGGGCAAGGCGCAGGGCACGAUGCUCCUCGAGCAACAGUCUCUGGAGGCGGGGAAUGCGUGUCUGUGGUAGACUCGAUAGUGCCGGCGGAUAUGCAGCCUUCCCCGAGCUCUGCUGGGCCUACGCGCAGCUUUCGUCAGCUACUGAUCUCGCGGAGAGCCUGAAGUCCAAGUGGGCA